CCACCACCGAUCGAAAUCCCGCAGAAAGCUGUGGCCUUGAAAAAAAAAAGACAGUGCCCACCUCGCCUCCUCUCACCUCCACCUCCGCGCAGAUCCCAUCUAACCAUGGCGGCCCCCUCCCGCACCUCCUGGGCAGACGUCGCCGACGCUGAACAGGCCCCUCCCGCUCCCGUUCCAGCGGCGGCGCCCGCCACAUCCAACGGCCCCGCGCGUGCCGACCGCUCCUCCUACGUCCCUCCCCACCUCCGCAACCGCUCCUCCUCCACUGCGCCUCCGGUGUCCUCCGCUCCACCCCCGCGCGCCGCGCCCGGCCUCCUCGGCCGCCCCACUAGCGGCGUCGGUGGGAGGUUCGGGGGAGGCGGGGCCCCACCUCGUAGGUGGGACCGGGAGCCCAACCCUUUCGGGGACGAGGAGGAGGUGCCGGCGGAGCCCGUGCCCUUCGACGAGCACCAGAACACGGGGAUCAACUUUGAAGCGUACGAGGACAUCCCCGUCGAGACCAGCGGCCGGGAUGUUCCGCCCGCCGUGGGCACGUUCGCGGAGAUCGACCUCGGCGCCGCGCUGAACGACAACAUUCGCCGGUGCAAGUACGUGCGGCCCACGCCCGUGCAGCGCCAUGCCAUCCCGAUCUCGCUGGCUGGGCGAGAUCUCAUGGCUUGCGCGCAGACUGGAUCGGGGAAAACGGCCGCCUUCUGCUUCCCCAUCAUCAGCGGCAUCAUGCGGGGCCCGCCCGUGCAGCGGUCCCAGCGGGGCGGGAGUAGGACCGCCUGCCCUCUUGCCCUCAUCCUGUCGCCCACAAGAGAGCUGUCAAUGCAGAUUCACGAAGAGGCCAGAAAAUUUUCAUAUCAGACUGGUGUCAGGGUAGUGGUUGCAUAUGGCGGGGCCCCUAUUACCCAGCAGUUGAGAGAUCUUGAGAGGGGUGUUGACAUUCUUGUGGCUACUCCUGGUCGUUUGGUUGAUUUACUGGAAAGGGCAAGAGUAUCCUUACAGUCAAUUAGAUACCUUGCCCUUGAUGAGGCGGAUAGAAUGCUGGAUAUGGGGUUUGAGCCGCAAGUUAGGAGAAUUGUUGAGCAAAUGGACAUGCCUCCACGAGGUGUAAGGCAGACGUUAUUGUUCAGCGCUACAUUCCCGGGAGAAAUACAGAGAAUGGCAUCUGACUUUCUGGAGAACUACAUAUUCCUGGCUGUUGGAAGGGUCGGAUCAAGUACUGAGUUGAUUGCCCAGAGAGUUGAGUUUGUACAGGAGGCAGAUAAAAGAAGUCACUUGAUGGAUCUGCUCCAUGCGCAAAGAGACAGUUCAGAACAAGGGAAGCAAGCUCUCACACUUGUCUUUGUGGAGACCAAAAGGGGUGCUGACUCACUGGAGAACUGGUUGUGUACGAAUGGAUUUCCAGCGACUUCUAUUCAUGGUGAUAGAAACCAGCAGGAAAGAGAAUAUGCUUUGAGAUCCUUCAAGAGUGGUCAAACUCCAAUUCUAGUUGCAACUGAUGUGGCAGCCCGGGGCCUCGACAUUCCUCAUGUUGCUCAUGUUGUGAACUUUGAUCUCCCCAAUGAUAUUGAUGACUACGUACACAGGAUUGGUCGUACAGGGAGGGCAGGAAAAAGUGGAAUUGCGACUGCUUUCUUCAAUGACAACAACUCUUCGAUGGCAAAGUCUCUAGCUGACCUAAUGCAAGAAUCUAAUCAGGAGGUACCUGCGUGGCUAACUCGCUAUGCAGCUCGCCCAUCCUAUGGUGGUGGUGGUGGAAGGAACAGACGUGGUGCUGGAGGUGGGAGCCGCUUUGGUGGCCGUGACUUCCGUAGGGAAUCUUCUUCCUUUGGCAAGGGUGGUGGCGCCAGUGACUAUGCUGGAGGCAGCAGCUACGGGGGCGGUGGCUAUGGUGGUGCUGGAGCUCCCAGUGCAUGGGAUUAAUGCUGCAGUUGUUCGCGUAGGGUCUAUCAAGUUAGGUUGCUUUUACUCUACCUUCUUAUUAGAUAUACAUUUUUGGUAGGAGCUGAUAUACAGCGACAGUACGAGUGAACUGUGUGCUCCCCUUUUCUUCUGGUUACAACCAAGGUAGUCUUAUCUUCAGAUAUCUGUUAUGGAGAGCAUCUUGAGGACUUUCAAGCACACACCGAGGUUCGCAGUUAGGAAUAGGAUUUGUAGAGACUGAAAUUCCUUGUUAGGGGUAAUAGUAGCUGGUGUUGGUAGACUGACAUUUAGCGCUUAAUGUGGAAUUUCUCUCUUGGCAUUUCCUUGGUCUGUCUCAUUUUCGGUUGGUUGUAGAGCUUGCAAUGAGGGUGCUUCUGUGACUUGAUUUUUGUCCGAGAUUUGAGUUUUGAUACCCAGGAUGAGGUUGGAGGAUCUGUAGUCUUUGCUCCUUCAGAUCCUGUUGUAAUGUGUCUACUGUGAGGUCAGGCUGGAACGAAUAAGAAUAAGUUAUCUAGUCUUUACGAGGAAGAAGGGGCAUAUUAUGUGA